UUGGGGCGUUAGCCAACACUGCGUCGCGACGUUCGGUCAAAGAAACGCAAAGAAAACGGCAGUUUCGUUCCUGGAAAAAUUUGCUCCGUGUGAAUUUUAAUUAAAAUUUUUAAAUUGCUAUAUACCGCCAAUUGCGUGCGUGCAAAUUUAACGCACGGCGGAAUAACGUGCGCCGGUCGUUUUAACAAAUGCAAAAUUCAUCCAAAAUGUGAAUAGAAAGUGGCACAAAUCGCGCAAAAAAAUAAAAUAAAAGAAAGAAAUGAAAAAAUUAUAUGUGCAGCAGCAACAAACAAGAAUUGCAAAUAAUGCGAAUCUCAAUUUUUAGUGCAAAACAAAAACAAAAUGUGAAAUUGGAAAAUAGCUAGAAAAAAAUACAAAUUGCAAAUAUUAAUAAGAAUAAUCAUGCAAAUAUACAAAUAUUUAUUAUAAUAACAAAUUCAAUGUUCUUGUUCUUCUACAAAUACAACAAACAACAACAGUUGUGAACUGCAACAGCUGCGCAACAACAUCAACUACAACAGCUACAACAACAACAGCAGCAGCGACAUCUACAACAGCUACAACAACAACAGCAGCAGCAGCAUCAUCAACAACUGCAAAAUACGAAAAAUUCACUCAAAACAAACGCAAUUCGUGUCACUGUGUACGUGCGUGUCUGUGUGCCUCUACGUCCGUGUUUGUGCGUGUCCCCUUGUAUGUGUGUGAGUGUGUGUAUGUCUCUCCGUAUCUCUUCUGCAUCUGUAUUCGUGUUUGUAUCUGUGUCUCCGUCACCGUCGUCGCCGCCGUCGUAUUAGAAUCAAUACAGAAGAAGAGCAAAGAGAGGCAGCAAAAAAAAAGAAAGAAAAAAGAAUAUAUCAAUUGAAAUCAUAACAAAUGUGCAAAUAACAAAUAUACAACAAAAAGAAAUACUAGAAAAUAUCUAAAAAUUUACCACAAUCGAAAUUUCUCACCACAAUUCCAACAAUACUUGUUUCAUCAUCUUGAGAAAAUGAGGUGCUGCUGUUGUGCAAAAAUAAAAAGCCAAGAACUAUGACGCAUCAAAAUCAUCAGACAAACGGCGCAAGUUUGGAGGAUUGCCAUACAAACUUCUAUGCCUUGACUGAUUUGUGUGGAAUAAAAUGGCGAAAGUUCGUGAAUGGCGAACGGCCAAAUGCAUCGAGUGAUCCUCUGGCCGAUCCGAUACUGCGAUCCUAUUCACGAUGCAUGCAGGCGGAUAUGCUGUGCGUGUGGCGACGCGUUCAAUCCACGAAGCAGGAUAACACCGAUCAGAAUGCCUUAAACUUUGAGAUUACCACAUCGACUACUGUACACCCGCCUCUAUCGCUUGCCGCCGCCAAGGAGCUGUGGAUCUUUUGGUAUGGCGAGGAGCCGGAUCUCAGUGAGCUCGUCGAUGCCGAGCUGCUAAAAGUAGCAGCAAAUCAAGCGCUUUGGAAUGGCACGUGGAAGGGUGAACUGACCUACGAGUGCCGCUCUCUGCUCUUCAAGGCGCUGCACAAUCUGAUGGAGAGAUUUGUACUCACCAAGGACAUUGUGCGCUUUGGCAAAUGGUUUGUUCAGCCUUGCACCUCAAGCGAUCGUCUCUUUGGACGCAGUUCGCAACACUUGUCCUUUUCGUUUACGUUCUUUGUGCAUGGCGACACGGUUUGUGCCUCCAUUGAUCUGCGGGAGCAUCCUGCUGUGCGUCCCUUGACCAAGGAGCAUCUGGCCGAGGCGUCGGCAGCCUUCGCUGCGGCGAGUGGUCAAGGCAAUGCUUCGGCUGCCUCCAAGGAUGCGGCAAAUGGUGGCACAGCUGCUGCCACAACACCGUUGCCUGCCGCAUCGCCGCUGAUCGAGGCUGGAGCUGGAGCCGAGAAGCCAGCGACGACAUCGACGACGCCGGCACAGGCGAGGAAAGUGAUGUUGGCACCGUUUGGCAUUGCGGCAAUACUCACUGGGAACAGUUACAAGGCCAGCGAUCCCAUGGCCGAAAAGAUUCUCGAGGAUUGGGCAUCGUUUUUUCCGCUGUGCAAUAAGGACAACACGGAUGUGCCGCCAGUGGUCGAGGUGGUGUCGGGUGGUCAUAAGAUGUAUCACCCCACGAACUAUGUACUAGUCACAGAUCUGGACGACAUGGAGCAUAUGGAGUUUACCGAGAUGUACAAGGCGAAUGGCGGCAGCGGGGCAGCCGAACCAGCUGUGCUUGCGUCGCUCUCCUCGCCCGCAGCAGCCGCAGUGGCGCCAGCAAUAACGCCAGCGGCGAUGCCAACAGCGGCCAUUAAAGAGGCGGCGAUUGUGGCGCCAUCUGGCGGCAAUAUGAAUGGAAACUGUAACAACAACAAGAAGGCAACAACAACAGGAACAACGACGACGCAGGCGAUGAGCGCGUUGGAACGUUUAACGUUUCAGCCGUACUACGAUCAGCGUCCGACAUCGGGAUUUACCUUCAAUACCAACAAUACUCACAUACCAGCAACGGCGGCCAUUGAAAUGCCUGAGCGUGCUUGGCAGGAUUGCAUCAUGAAUACGCUGCAUGUGGAUGCCGCGGCGUCAGCGACGUCAGCAUCGGCAGCGACUCCGGCAGAGGAAGAGGAUGUGAAGCAAACGGAUUCCAAGCAGCAUGUGCAGCAGCAAAUUCAACAGCAGCAGCAGCAGCAACAACAACAGCAGCGGCAAAAGCUGUGGAACUUUGUGGAUCCCAUGCAGAAAGCUCCUUGCAUAUGCACCAAACAUUUGGCCGCAUCGAGUGCAGCGACACCACCCUGUGGCGGUGCGUCGAUAUAUUCAUCACGCAACUCGCUGGGCGGCGAUACAUCAUCGAUGCCGCCAGCGGUGACCUCCUCAUCGGUUGGAUCACCAGCGACGCCAGCGCCAUCUCCACAUCCGCAUCCCAACUCGGCGCAAUCGCAGCCGACCUCAGUGCCGCCCGCUGAGCAACUGCUUAACAUGAGUCCGCAUGCGCCCACAUCCGUUUCGAAUCUGCAGCAGCCGCCCACGCCCAUCGAUCAUCUGCUGGACAAGAAUACGCCAGCGCCCACGCCCACGGAUCAGCACGAUAACAAGAGCAUAACCGCCUCCCCCUAUGUGCAUCAGACGCCCAGCGGGGAGCCGCCCGCCUACACAGAGCACGGCUCGAACGCGGGUGGCGCCAAUGCAGCGUCCGGCGAGCAGCAACCAGCGACGCCCACAUCCGGCAAUGCAACAUCCUCCGGCACAACGCCAGCAACAGUUGGCGCAGGAGCAGGAGGAGCAACGGCAGGUGCUGGAGCGGCAGCAGGUGGUGCAGCUGGUGUGCAGUGUGGCACAAUUAGCGUAAAGAAGUUGGAGAUGCAACCAUCAACAGCACCAACCUUAACGCAAAUCAAACAGGAGCCAGGCACAGUGGUGCAGCGAUCGCAACAGCAGACGGUGGCCACAAGCACGAUGGAGGCGGUGAGCAAUCUGCUUAAUUUGUACAAGACGCCGCAGCUGAAGCUCAAGGAUGUGGAUAGCUUUAGCGAGGAGUGGCUCAAGGAAAUCAUAUAUGACUUUAGCCUACAGGAGGCUUGGGACAAUUUGCCGGUGAUGCGACCCAAUCUCAAUGAAUCCGCCAAGCAAAAGCGACCACGAUACGCCAAAAACCUUUACGAGGGACACACGCACUUCAAGCCGCUGAUGCCGUCACCCGGAUCCGUCUACGGUUCGCUGCUCUCCAUCGAUGGCAAUGCCACGCAACCGUCGCAACUGGCAGCAGUCUCCGAUACAACCGGAGCUGCAGCUGGUGGCGGUCUGGUGGGCAUAGCCAGUUCCUUUGGAGCAACAGCCGCCGGUGGAGGAACGGGAACGGGACUCAAUAGCGGAAGCAACGAUGAGGCGGACAGUGCGCUCAAUGCGGCAGCUGGCGGUGGCAACAGCGGGAGCGCAGCUACGGCCAGCAGCUUCUUUCCGGGUCUGGACAUUAAGACGGAGCCCGGUUUGCAUUCGCCCUGCAAGGAGUCCAAGUCAACGAAUCUCGCUGGCAGCGGCGGCAAUCUCUUCACCGCCGAAGGACUUAAUCCCACUCUUGACGAUCUGGAGCAGAUCUUCGACACGAGCUCCAAUGAUGAGUGCAGCAGCGUGCAGAUUCAUACGCCACCCGACUCCAAUAAUCCCUCGAAUGGCGGUUGCAGUGCGGUGACAAAUACGAUUGAUGAACUCAAGCGUAGCACUGCGGUGGCAAGUGCUGUGGUCGCUGCUGUGGUGGCCAGUUCGGGGGCGGGCAGCAUACAAGCGGAGGAUUUGACCAAAAUGUUUCCAACGCCGCCGUCCCAUGAGCAACAACAUCCCAAUUCCAGUCCCUGCCAAACGGACGUUGUCAUGACGGAUCUCAGCGUGGACACGAGCAGCGUUGGCGGCGUCUCCAACAAUAACAACAAUAACAAUAGCAAUAGCAAUAAUAAUAACAACAACAACAACAAUGCUAGCAAUAAUGGAGGAGGCGCUGCACUUGCUCUCGGUGUUGUGCUAAAGCUGACGAAGCAGGAGUACAGCGUGGAGCUGGGAAGUCCUGUGGAGGAGCCCAUCCACGACUGGAACUACGUGUACCGACCGCCGCAGCAGGAGAAGUUCGUGGGCAGCUCACGCUAUGCGCCGCUCACGAAUCUGCCCAGUCAAACGCUCCCCGCACUCGCCAUGCCCGCCAAUUGUUACUACAAUCCCACCUGGAGUCACAGUCAAAAGUCACGUGCAGCCACUUUGGCCAAGGCGGCGGCAGCGCAGCAACAACAGCAACAGCAUCAGAAGCAUCAACAGCUGCAGCAACGCAUACAACAGCAUCAGCAACACCAACAACAGCAGCAGCAGCAACAGCAGCAACAACAACAACAGCAGCAGCAACAUUCGCAUCAGAAGCAUCAGCAGCUGCAUGAUUUGUUGGCCGCUGGACCUCGGACUCCCAUGAUGAACACGGCGAUGCCGUCGCCAGUCUCCACAGUCCCUCAACCGUUGAGCAGCGGUGGCAGCCAGCUGUUGUUGAAUCAGCUCAACUGUCCGCAAGCCCCGCCCGGCAGCUCCAUGCAACAGAUGAUGCAACGCGCUGGGAUGUCACCCAUGCCUCCCUCACCGGCAGCUGCCGGGUUGGUUCCCUUCCCACGCAGUAGUCCCAUGCAUCACAAUGCUGGGAAUAUGCGUCAGACGCCCACACAUCCGCCACCGCCGUAUCCCUACGAGCUUGCAGCAGCGAGUCCGGCGACCUCAACAUCCUCCACGUACCUCAACAAGCCGUACAAUUCGCAGGAUGCGCACACGCCGCACGCACAAUUCGGACACCAAAUGCCUGGCGGCGAUAAGCUCGCCAUGAUGCAAUACGGCGCAGGAAGUGGAGGUGCUAACAAUGCGGGAGGUGCGGUUGCCUCGGCUGUGGCAGCUGCAAUGGGUUUGCUGCAGGAGUUGCCCGAGGUGAAUUCGGUGCUGGUGAACAUUUUGCUGUACGACACAGCAUUGAAUGUUUUUCGGGAUCACAACUUUGACAGCAGCAGCGUUUGUGUGUGCAACGCCGAUGCCCAGAAGAUUGGCAACAUUCGUGGUGCGGACUCAGGGGUUUAUGUACCGCUCCCAGGGAGCAGUUUCAAUCCGUUUCCCACGCAACAGCGACUGCUCAAUGGACCGAGUGGCGCAGCGUUGGCAGCGCCAAACAACUCCUCAUCCGCCUCCUCCUAUGGCAUGCGUAUGAUGAGCUCCUUUGGCGGCGGGCUGGACUCGCCGGCAUUGCCCGCACCCAACGGAGGUUCAAGUGGUUCCAGUUCGUGUACACCGCCCAGCAGCAACCCGCACAUCACCGGCUACGUGGACGACGAUCCCGUCGAGUGCACCUGCGGCUUUAGUGCGGUGGUCAAUCGUCGACUCUCGCAUCGUGCUGGUUUGUUCUACGAGGAUGAGCUGGAGAUCACGGGCAUUGUCGAGGAUCCGGGACGUAAUAAACAACCCACGCUACUCAGUCUCAUACAGAGUUUGUGCCGGAAGAGCGUGAAACCUGGAGCUUCGGAAUUGUCCACGGGCAGGGAACUGGAGAAGGUGACAUCGGGAGGAGCGGGAGCUAGUUUAGCGGUCGCUGAGCAACUGGCGCAUGCCAUCUUCGAUCUACUGCUGGAUCAGUGCUCCAUCAUACAGACGUCGAGCAGUUCGGUGCAUCGGGCGUUGCAAUCGCAUCGACGUCGCAUGUCCCGACAGCGGCGGCUUUUCGGCAACAGCGGUGCACCGACCGCAUCGAUGGAGUCCAUUGCGAAUGUGCUCGAGUUCACCGAUGCCCACGAUGUCAUAAGUCUGGCGCUGGAGCAGGCGCGACUGGCUUUCGAGGAGCAACGCCUGGACAUGAAUAUGCUCGAGUUCGGGCACAAUCAACAGCAGCACAAUUCGCAGCACUCGCAGCAUCAUCAGCAGCAAUCGCAUCCGCAUCAACCCUCGCAGCCGGGACAACAGUUGAGCGCCUUCCAAGCGGCGCCCGCGUUGAGGCAGAAACUCCACGCCUUGGGCAGCGGUCGUCUGACGGUGCACAAGUGGCCGUAUCUCCCGGUGGGUUUCACGCGCAGCAACAAGGAAAUCGUCCGCACCAUGAACGCCAUUCAGCCGAUGCUGCAGAGUGCCUUCCACUGCAAGUCGCGCGGCGGCUCCGCCGGCUCUAAGGAUGCCAGCUCCUACAACACGGUGAGUGGUCCGCUCACCUGGCGGCAGUUUCAUCGUCUCGCCGGACGUGCGUCGGGUCAAUGUGAACCUCAGCCGAUCCCUUCGGUCGUGGUGGGUUACGAGAAGGAUUGGAUCUCAGUGGCACCGCAUUCCAUACACUAUUGGGACAAGUUUCUGCUGGAGCCUUACUCCUAUGCUCGGGAUGUUGUCUAUGUGGUGGUGUGUCCCGACAAUGAGCAUGUUGCGGCGCACACUCGGACCUAUUUCCGUGAGCUGAGCAGCACCUACGAGAUGUGCAAACUAGGUCGGCACACGCCCAUACGCGGCUGGGAUGGCGUGCUCCAAGUCGGAGCACCCAACAACAAUAACAACAACAACGGAGCUCCUGGGGAACGUGAGACACCGCUGGAUGAUUGGCUGCGCACGCUGGAGCAUGCGCCGCUGGCGGAUCAAAUCCGACGCUAUGCCAUGGCCUUUCUCUAUCAGCUGGCGCCGUAUUUGAGUCGGGUGCCCAACGACAAGACGUUGCUCAAUCCACCCGAUGCCAGUGGCAGUCACCAGGGCAGCAAGGGACAGUCGGGGAAUGCAACGCAGUCACAGACGGGAGCCUCAGCGCCUGGCACGGAUCAUGCUAGCGAUGGCACGACGCUUAUCAAGCUCGAGCCUGGCACAGAGCAGACGACGACGACGGGGCAACAGGAUCAACAGCAGCAACAACAGCAGCAGCAGGAUAGCAAGCAGGAUGUGAAGCCGGGUGUGGCGGGAGCUGGAGCAGGCGGCGCUGGCGCCGAUGCUAAGCCAGCUCUCGUGCUGGGCGAUCCACUGGGCAUGGGCGAAACCCUCGAGGAUAUAAAUCCCUCCGCGAUUGUGUUGUACGUGGUCAAUCCCUUUACUUUUGCCUCGGACAGCGUUGAGCUGGAGCGUUUGGCCUUGAUUGCGCUGUUACGUUGCUAUGCGGAACUGUUGAAAGCGGUGCCCGACUCGGUGCGCGCCCAGAUGAACAUACAGAUCAUCUCGCUGGAAUCGAUCAUGGAACUCGGUCCGGCGGGCAACCGACGUCGCUUCUCCGAUGAGAUCAAGUGCCUGGCACUCAACAUCUUCUCUCAGUGUCGUCGGCAUUUGGUGCAUGCGCAGCCGGUGAAGAGUCUGACGGGCUUUGGCACCGCCGCUAACAUGGAAGCGUUCCUCAAGACCAAGGAUGAACCCAACCGGAGGGCGUACAAAAUGUACACAGCGCCCUUUGUGCUGGCGCCGAUGCAUGAGCGGAACGACAAGACGGACUUCUCCAGGGCAGCGGGAAGCAUGCAUGGACAGAAUGAGACUCGCUACUCGGUGAUGUAUUGCAAUUACUGUCUAAGCGAGGAUCAGGCCUGGUUGCUGGCCACCGCCACCGAUGAACGGGGCGAACUCCUCGAGAAGGUCUGCAUCAACAUCGAUGUGCCGAAUCGUGCGCGUCGACGCAAAGCUCCGGCUCGUUAUGUGGCAUUGCGGAAGCUGAUGGACUUUGUCAUGGGUCUCAUAUCGCAGACGUCGCAAAUGUGGCGUCUGGUCAUCGGACGCAUCGGGCGCAUUGGACACAGCGAACUCAAGUCUUGGAGCUAUUUGCUGAGCAAGCAACAACUCCAGAAGGCUUCGAAGCAGUUCAAGGACAUGUGCAAACAGUGUACGCUCAUGUAUCCUCCAACCAUUCUCAGCGCGUGUCUUGUCACACUCGAACCGGACGCCAAGUUGCGUGUGAUGCCCGAUCAGUUUACGCCCGACGAACGUUUCUCACAGAUCUCCAUGCAGAAUCCGCUCUCCACGCCACAGGACGUGACCUGUACUCACAUCUUGGUCUUCCCCACGAGUGCUGUUUGUGCGUCCUUUACACGCCAAUUCCAAAACGAACCGCCGGUGGAAGAUGAUUUCAUCUUCGGCGAGGGCGAAGAGGGCAACGAGGACUUUAGCGAUGCCGACAUCGGAGAUCUCUUUUGGGACUCUCACAUGGAUCGCGUUUCGAAUCACGGCAGUCCAGGUCGCAUGGAGGACAAUCGCAGCUGGCAAAGUCCCGGCGGCAACAACUUCAAGUGCACGCCGCCCCAAGAAGUCGAGGAGGUGGGAUCGCUGAAUCAGCAACCGAUAUCGGUGGGUUAUAUGGUGUCCACAGCGCCAACAGGUCGAAUGCCCGCCUGGUUCUGGUCGGCAUGCCCGCAUCUCGAGGAUGUGUGUCCAGUCUUCCUAAAGACGGCGCUGCAUUUGCAUGUGCCCAACAUACAGAUUGCCGACGAUAUACUCAACUCGACCAAUGCCCAUCAGUCGGCCAACGAUCAUCCACUGGACUCGACGCUCACCGCCGACGUCCUCCGCUUCGUGCUCGAGGGCUACAAUGCACUCUCAUGGCUGGCACUCGAUUCGAAUACACACGAUCGUCUCUCCUGUCUGCCCAUCAAUGUGCAGACGCUGAUGGAUCUUUACUAUCUAACAGCGGCCAUUGCGUAGGCAGCAUCAACAGAACAGCACACAUAACAGAGCAGUAACAGUAGCAAUAACAGUGGCAGUAAAUGUAAACUGCAGUCGUAACAUUAACAGUAACAGUCGCAUGCUUCCGUUUGCUGUACUUCCAAAAGGAAAAAAAACGAAAACAAAAACAAAUAGCAGAAAUCCACAAGUGCUAUAAUUAAAAUACAAACAUAGAAUAUGAAUGAAAUCCAAAUGAAACCAAAAAGAAACAACACCAAGCAACCAAAACCAGCAAUGGCAAAACAAAUGAAAAAAAAAAACUGAAGUUAACAGUCCAAGAAGAAAAGUAACAGUAAAAGUCGCUGCUGCGAAACCAUUUUUGAACAGCAACAACGCACACAACAAAGAAGAACAACAACAACAAUACAGAGUUACAGUUUUAGCGCGUAUUAAAAACAACAACAACACGAGAGCCUUGUAAUUAAAAACAGCAGCAGCCUUACAGCCUUACAACAACAACAGCACAGGGUGUGUGCGAUAGAUGGAAAGAUCGAUCGAUCGAUAGAUAGUUAUCGAUUGAUUUGAUGAACCGAUGAUUAAGCGACUUACCCGUUAAGUCUUGUGUAGCAACAGCAUUACUAUUUAUUAAUAUAUAUAUUGAGAAUUGUAUAGUGCGAGAAUUGUUUUUUUUAGGCUGGCGUUCGUUUUAGUGUUUAAUAUUUAUACAUAUACAACAACAAAAGAGAAAUGGAAAAAAAAAAUCCACAUCAAGCAAAAACAAAACAACCACACAUAGGGGCGUAUUUAUACAUAUUAUAUACUUAGGUUCAUAUAUACAAUUAAUUAAGCAAAGAAAACAAAAACAAAACAAAAUUAGUUAAGCUGCAAUGAGAAAGAGAGGAAGCAAAUUAAACAUAUUUAGUGAGUAAGUAAAGAAAAGUUUGUACAUAUUUACAACCAAUUUGCCGUAAGCAUUAAGAACAACAACAACAAACCAACAACAACAACAAUAAUAAUUAUAUAUGAAAAAAUAAUAAGCAUAUUAACAUAAAUUAAAACUAAAUAAACAAAUACAACGUAUAAUUAUACAAAAAAAGGAAAACGUAGCUUACAAAAAAAAAAAACAAAAACCUAAUUAAAUCGUAAAUUAAAUUAAUAAA